AUGGCAACUGCCAUCAUAGAGAUUGGUGUUUUAUUGGUGGUGGCCGCACCCACUCCUUCUGAAGGUUUUAAGUUUGGAUUUAAUAACAGUUAUACUUGUCACUGUAAAAAUGAUGAAAAAUGUGACAUUGUUACUGGAAGAUGUGAUAAUGGAUGUUUGAAAGGUUGGGGUGGACCUUCUUGUCAACAAGGAAAUGUAGCUUUAGGAUCCGAGGAAGUCAGUCAAAGUGAUAUACUCAUUGACUCUUACGGCCCUAAACAAGCUGUAGAUGGAUAUACAGAUACCGCCUGGACGUUUAAUCAUCCAUGUAUUCAUACCUCGUUUUCUCCUUGGGCUUGGUGGGUGAUAGAUUUACAACGAACAUUUUCUCUUAGAUUCUUAAAGAUUUUCCAUCAAGCUGGGUACGCGCAAGGAUUUUCUGUACAUAUUGAUAAUGAGUUAUGUUUUAAACAUACUAAUGUAUCAAACCCACCAACUGAAAUACCAAUAGAAUGUGGUAGAACUAUAACUGGUCGUCAUGUUAAUAUCAGUAGUAUUAGAUCUGACGAUUUUUUCCAUUAUAUUCGUUUAUGUGAAGUUGAAAUUUAUGUUUGUUCACGAGGAACGUUUGGUUCAGAUUGUAAUAAAUUCUGUCAUUGUUCGAACGGUGAUGAAUGUGAUGUUAUAACUGGUCAAUGUCCUAAUGGUUGUCAGAAAGGAUGGAAAGGUGCUAGCUGUAAUACUGAUAUAGCUUUUGGAAUACGCCCACAUGGUAACCGACAUCAUAGAGGGAAAGGAAACAUGUUUGCAAUAUUACAGAUACAGCUUUUGAUAUACACCCACAUGGCGACCGACAUCAUAGAGGAAAACAUGUGUGCUAGAUUACAGAUAUAG